GGCUAUAUAAGGCCCGCGGCUGGCCUGCUGCAGGAGUGAGGACUCAGACCCCCAGCGAAGGAGAGCUGCUCAGGAUUGGUCACUGGAUCUGAGGAGCCUCCCAGGACACCACAUCCCGGAGGCGAACUGGCUCAGUGAAGCCCUCCUGCCCUCUCCUGCCACAUUCCCACAGGGCUAAGGGAAAGAUGGAGGGGGCUGAGGCCUGGCUGUUCUCCUUCUUGGUCUUGCAAGUCGCCUCUGUGUCAGGGAGGCAGACGGUGCUCACCCAGGCAGUGAGAAGAGUCCAGCCCGGGAAGAGGACCCCUGGCACCUUCGCCAAGCCUGCUGACGCCCAGGAGAGUCCUGGGGAGUGGACAGCGUGGUUCAACAUCGACCACCCAGGCGGGCAGGGUGACUUUGAGCGGCUGGACGCCAUUCGCUUCUACUAUGGGGAACGCGUGUGCGCCCACCCCCUGUGGCUCGAGGCUCGGACCACGGACUGGAUGCCCUCGGGCAGCACUGGCCAGGUGGUCCACAGCAGUCCCCGGGAGGGCUUCUGGUGCCUCAACCGGGAGCAGCGACCUGGCAAGAACUGCUCCAACUACACCGUGCGCUUCCUCUGCCCGCUUGGGUCCCUGCGCCGGGACAAAGAGCGCAUUUGGGGUCCCUGGUCUCCCUGGAGCAAGUGUUCGGCUGCCUGUGGCCAUACGGGGGUGCAGACCCGCACGCGCACCUGCCUGGCAGAGACGCUGUCCCUGUGCAGCGAGGCCUCCGAGGAGGGCCGGCUCUGUGUGAGCCAGGACUGUGCAGCGUGUGACCUGCCCUGCCCGAUGGGCCAGGCGAAUGCCGAGUGUGACGCCUGCAUGUGUGAGGACUUCAUGCUCCGUGGAGUUGUCUCCCUCCCUGGCGGUGACCCAGCCUCAGGGGCCACCGUCUCCCUGUUGACCAAGGUGCCAAAGGUGCUGACCCGGACGGACAGUAGUGGCAGGUUCCGAGUCCCUGGCUUGUGCCCUGAUGGCAAAAGCAACUUGAAGAUCACGAAGGCCAAGUUUGCCCCCAUUGUGCUCACAAUGCCCAGGACCAGCCUGAAGUCAGCCACCGUCAAUGCGGAGUUCGUGAGGGCAGAGACCCCGUACAUCGUGAUGAACCCCGAGACCAAAGCACGGCAGGCCGGCCAGAGCGUGUCCCUGUGCUGCAAGGCCACGGGGAAGCCCAGUCCGGACAAGUAUUUCUGGUAUCACAACGGCACGCGGCUGGAUCCCUCUCUCUACAAGCACGAGGGCAAGCUGGUGCUGAGGAACGUGCGGCUGGAGCAGGCUGGCGAGUACUUCUGCAAGGCGCAGAGCGACGCGGGAGCUGCCAGGUCGCGGGUGGCCCAGCUGAUGGUCAUAGCCCCCGAUGAGAGUCCUUGCAACCCAACCCCUGAGAGCUACCUUAUCCGGCUGCCCCACGACUGCUUCCAGAAUGCCACCAACUCCUUCUACUAUGACGUGGGCCACUGUCCUAUUAAGACCUGUGCAGGGAAGCAGGAUAAUGGGAUCAGGUGCCGGGAUGCCGUGGAGAACUGCUGUGGCAUCUCCAAGACGGAGGAGAGGGAGAUCCAGUGCAGCGGGUACACGCUGCCCACCAAGGUGGCCAAGGAGUGCAGCUGCCAGCGGUGUACGGAGACGCGGAGCAUCGUGCGGGGCCGCGUCAGUGCCGCAGACACCGGGGAGCCCAUGCGCUUCGGCCACGUGUACAUGGGGGGCCACCGUGUGAGCAUGACCGGCUACAAGGGCACUUUCACCCUCCACGUCCCCCAGGACACGGAGAGGCUGGUGCUCACCUUUGUGGACAGGCUACAGAAAUUUGUCAACACCACCAAGGUGCUGCCCUUCAACAGGAAGGGGAGCGCAGUAUUCCACGAGAUCAAGGUGCUUCGGCGGAAGGAGCCCAUCACUCUGGACGCCAUGGAGACCAACGUCAUCCCCCUGGGAGAGGUGGCCGGCGAAGACCCCGUGGCUGAACUGGAGAUCCCAUCGGGGAGUUUCUACAGGCAGAAUGGAGAGCCCUACGCAGGCAAGGUGAAGGCCAGUGUGACCUUCCUGGAUCCCCGAGAUAUUUCCACAGCCACGGCCACCCAGAGCGACCUGAGCUUCAUCAACGAGGAAGGAGACACCUUCCCCCUGCGGACGUAUGGCAUGUUCUCGGUGGACUUCGCCGGUGAGGCCACCUCAGAGCCCCUGAAUGCUGGCAAGGUCAAGGUCCACCUCGACUCGACCCAGGUCAAGAUGCCGGAACACGUGCCCGCCAUGAAACUCUGGUCGCUCAACCCAGACACGGGGCUGUGGGAGGAGGAAGGCGAGUUCAAAUUUGAAAGCCAAAGGAGGAACAAAAGGGAACAGAGAACCUUCCUGGUGGGCAACAUGGAGAUCCGAGAGAGGAGGCUCUUUAACCUGGAUGUCCCUGAAAGCAGGAGGUGCUUCAUCAAGGUGAGGGCCUACCGCAGUGAGAGGUUCCUGCCCAGUGAGCAGAUCCAGGGCGUCGUGGUCUCUGUGAUCAACUUGGAGCCCAGAACUGGCUUCUCGUCCAACCCUCGGGCCUGGGGCCGCUUUGACAGUGUCCUCACAGGGUCCAAUGGGGCCUGCGUGCCUGCCUUCUGCGACGACCAGGCCCCGGAUGCCUACUCCGCCUACCUCCUGGCCAGCCUGGGUGGGGAGGAGCUGGAAGCAGUGGAGUCUUCUCCUAAAUUCAACCCCAAUGCAAUCGGCGUCCCUCAGCCCUACCUCAGCAAGCUCAAGUAUCGUCGCACAGACCACGAGGAUCCUCGGGUUAAAAAGACAGCCUUCCAGAUCAGCAUGGCCAAGCCAAGGCCCAACUCCGCGGAGGAGAGCAACGGGCCCAUCUACGCCUUUGAGAACCUCCGGGCCUGUGAGGAGGCGCCGCCCAGUGCGGCCCACUUCCGGUUCUACCAAAUUGAGGGGGAUCGGUAUGACUACAACACGGUUCCUUUCCAUGAAGAUGACCCCAUGAGCUGGACCGAAGAUUACCUGGCCUGGUGGCCCAAGCCAAUGGAGUUCAGGGCCUGCUACAUCAAAGUGAAGAUCGUGGGGCCGCUGGAGGUGAACGUGCGAUCCCGCAACAUGGGGGGCACCCACCGGCGGACAGUGGGGAAGCUCUACGGAAUCCGGGACGUGAAGAGCACUCGAGACAGGAACCAGCCCAACGUCUCAGCCGCGUGUCUGGAGUUCAAGUGCAGCGGGAUGCUCUACGACCAGGACCGCGUGGACCGUACCCUGGUGAAGGUCAUCCCCCAGGGCAGCUGCCAGCGAGCCAGCGUGAACUCCAUGCUGCACGAGUAUCUGGUCAACCACCUCCCACUGGCGGUCAACAAUGACACUGGCGAGUACACCAUGCUGGCGCCGCUGGACCCGCUGGGCCACAACUAUGGCAUCUACACUGUCACAGACCAGGACCCUCGCGUGGCCAAGGAGAUUGCUCUUGGCCGGUGCUUUGAUGGCACUUCGGACGGCUCCUCCAGAAUUAUGAAGAGCAACGUGGGUGUGGCCCUCACCUUUAACUGUGCAGAGAGGCAGGUGGGCCGCCAGAGUGCUUUCCAGUAUCUCCAAAGCACCCCCGCCCGGGCCCCUGCUGCAGACACGCUGCGAGGAAGAGCACCCUCCAGGCGGCAGCAGCGGGCAAGCAGGGGUGGCGAGCGCCGGCCGGGAGGGGGCGCCUCGCUGAGACUUCCUGGGGUUGCUCAACAGCCUCUGAGCAGCUGAGUCUGUGGUUCUUCACACCCCGUCCCACCUCCCGUGACGGCGGGACUGAUGCACAUGCUGUCACUCGGUUAAUUUAAACACAUCUGUUCUGGUGCAGUUUGCUUGUUUGUUUCUUCUUGUCUUUGUCCCACGAUACCAGUUGGCACAGAGCCCCCCAAAUGACCAAAUAAAGCCCUUGCGUGUUUUUUCAGAAAAGAAACAGAAGAAAUUGGCCGCUGGCAAAACUCCGCAGCUGUGUUCUUCAUUUAGAAGCACGAAUGCAAGUGUAAUUCCCGUUCCUUCUGCAUGGUUUUGCUCACCUCUGUAAUAAUGAUGAUCUGACGCUGAGGAUGAAAUAACCGAUAUAAAGCAUAGUUUUUGCCCCUGCUCCAUGGGAUGUAAGCCAGGCCUCAUCACAGCUGAUACAUAGAAAUGGUGGUGAAAUAAAGAAAUAAAUGACAGUA